AUGACAGGUUUAGGUGGUACCUUGAGCAGUGGCUGGGUAAUUGAUUUAGGUCUGAGAAGGUGGGCAUAUUGGAUUGGAUUUGAAUCUAUAGUCAUAGGUUGCGCAUCAGGUUGUUGCUGGGCAUUUGCCUGUACUGGAUCAAUAACGGCGCUGGAUGCCAUUAUAAGAAAAAGAGAGGUCAUUCCACUCUCAAAACAACAAUUGUUGGAUUGCAUGUUCAAGCAUUAUCCAAUGCCUGAGCUAGAGGCAAAGUUGGAAAGAAGGGAAUGCUUCGGAUUGUCUCGUAGGAUGGCUUACAUAUUUGCCAAGGAACAGGGCAUAGUGGAAGAAUCGAAAUAUCAUUACAUCAUGGAGAGGAGUAAGUGCAAAUGUCCACGUGAUGCGAAUAUUGUGAAGAUAGAUGGACAUAAGGAAAUAGACAUGGAAAAGACAAGUAACAAGGAAAUUUACAUGGGACCCACCGAGGAAGAAACAAGAAUCGCAACGUCUGGUGAUGAAAACAAAAAGGCAGUGCUUCAUGCAUUGAUUAUUGUGGGAUAUGGGGAAGUAAAUGGAGAAGCAUUCUACUUGGUCCAAAAUUCCUGGGGCUACAAAGGCUUCGCUAAAAUCAAGCAAUCACUUGCAAUGAACUUAUCGUAUCCUUUUAUAGAUGAGGAGAAAAAAGAAUGA